AUGGGAACUCGUCGACCAGUAAAAGAAAAUGAUAUUUUCGUUGUAACUGCAAAUACAGGUGAUAUUGAAUUUAUAGUUGUUAAAGUCGAUCCUAGUCUUUAUUGUACUAUUGGACCUAAUACAAAUGUACAUUACGAAAAUGACUCAAUCGAGCGUGAAGAAAUGGAAGUAUUAUUAAAUGCAAUUGGUUAUAAAGAUAUUGGUGCUGUAAAAAAACAAUUAACACAAAUUAAAAAAAUGGUCGAAGUACCAUUGAAACAUCCACGAUUAUUUGAAGCAAUUUGUAUUAAAUCACCACCACGUAGUAUUCUCGUCGUUGGAACACCGGGUAUAGGUAAAUUUUCAAUUGCACGUGCUACGGCUAAUAGAAAUAUAUUUUUAUCUUCCACUUUUUGUUUAUCAUAG